AUGUCUCUCGAACCAACCGGAUCCGGAAGACCUUCCUUCCACCGUGGCAGCUUUGUUGACGAGCUGGAGAGCGCCCGCUCGGAUCUCUCACACAAGUUAUUGACCGGAGAGUCUCCGGCCGAGACCCCUUCCUCUUCUUCGUCGGGUUCGGCUCCGUCCUUCUCAGGAAGCUCGGCACCAUCUUUGAGCCCGACUCAGAGUGCAACUCCCUCAACACCAUCAACUGAGCCUGUCUCUCCACUUGGCGACCUCGUCGCCGACAGCUUUGCAUUUGCCUUUGAUAUCGAUGGCGUACUCAUCCGAGGUGGCCGCGCCAUUCCAGAAGCUGUCGAGGCCAUGAAAGUCCUCAACGGAAAGAACGAAUACGGGAUAAAAAUUCCGUACAUCUUCCUGACUAAUGGUGGCGGCAAGUCCGAGGCUGAGCGCUGCCGCGAUCUGUCCAAGCAGAUGGAGAUUGAUAUCUCCACUGCACAAUUCAUCUGCGGUCAUACUCCAAUGUCAGAAAUGGCAACCAAGUAUGGCACUGUUCUAGUUGUUGGCGGGGAGGGUGAAAAGUGCCGCCAGGUCGCCGAGUCUUACGGCUUCCAAGAUGUUGUCACUCCUGGUGAUAUUAUCAAGCACAAUAGCGCAACCACGCCCUUCCGCAAGCUCACGGCUGAAGAGCUUGCCAACUCCAGAGAGCGAGACUUUAGUAACGUUACCAUUGAUGCUGUUUUCGUAUUCGCAGACUCCCGCGACUGGGCUGGUGAUCUUCAGAUUAUCCUUGACGUUGCCAUGUCCAAAGGUGGACGUCUCGGCACCACGUCUGAAACCUUUGAUGAAGGUCCACCCAUCUACUUCUCUCACAGCGACGUUCUGUGGUCGGCAGCCCACGAUGACCCCCGUCUAGGCAUGGGUGCCCUCCGAGGUAUCGUCGAAUACACAUUCAAGGAGGUUACCAAGGGUAAGACCCUGACCACCCACGCUUUUGGCAAGCCUCAGAUCGGCACAUUCGAGUUUGCGACUCGUCUGCUCAAGCGGUGGCGUAAGAAUGAGCACGGUCUUGACUCACCGCCUGAGACAGUCUAUUUCGUCGGUGACACUCCUGAGAGCGAUAUUCGGGGCACCAACAACUACAACGUCCAGGCUGAAAACGAUUGGUAUAGCAUCCUCGUCAAGACUGGUAUUUACCAGGAGGGCACUGAGCCAGCAUACAAGCCUCGUAACACUGUCAACUCUGUGCUUGACGCCGUCAACUUUGGUCUCAAACGUGAGAUGGAAAAGAAGCAAAACAAGACGACACUUACAGAUUUGCCCAAUUGGCUUCUGAGCAACAGUGAUUGCGCUGUGCUCAGUCCCUCUGAGGAGCGUGCGCUUGAGCUGGUUGUUACCUAA